UUCCUUUGCUCUUUGCAAUGAAUUAUAAGAUAUUUUGACGUUUAUGGUCUUUAAUUUACAUACUUGUUUCAUUACAGCGGAGGUUUCGAGUUUUCCAGCGUACGCCUUUGCGCGGUAGGUACAUCGUUGGUUCGGGGCGCUCAAAGCAGUCUGUACGUGACUGUACCACCUCUCUCUCUCUCUCUCUCUCUCUUUCUCUCUCUCCCCCCACCAUCGAGCGGCGCAGCAUGCGCGUCGCAGUCGUCGAGCGUCCACGGGCUCAGUCUUCGUCGGAUCGUCGUAGAGCGUGUAUCGUAGGUCGUGUGCUCGUUGGCCCCUUGUGCGUCGAUUCGGCGUGGGUUUUUCGUUCGCCUCGCCUCGUUUCUUCCUGUUUCUCUCUCUCCCUCCCUCUUCCCCACCUCCUGUCGUCUUCCUCGUGCACGAACGAAAGCCGGAUGAAAAGUUACAUGUUUCGUGCGCGUAGUGCAAGCUGCUCGUCGUGCGGCGAGUCGUACCAAUGGUGAAAUACGGCUAAAAAAGAAAAAAAAAAAAGAAAGAGAAACGCUGUGUGCUGUUGUGCGUGCGCGGAGUGUGCAAUAUUUUGUUUGUUACUGCCGAGGCACGGAAGAAAAUCACGCAAACAAACGAGAGGCAUCGUGACACGUUCACCGGAUACGUCGCGCGAGAUAUGGAUUGGGCGGUGAAGGCUCGCCGAACACUGGACCGUUUCGUAGCAAGCAAAAAUGAAGACACGAGGUACAAAGCGAAUCAUUGCGUGAGCGGGGGCGGUAGCCGCGGAAACGGCGCGACUGGCGGUACCGGAGGUGGUCUAGGCAGCGGAGCCGGCGGCCGCGGGGGCGGCGGGGGUGGCAGCCCCGGUAGGGGCGGCGGAGGAGGAGUAGGAGGCGGAGGCGUUGGGGGAGGAGGAGGCGGAGGAGGAGGAGGAGGAGGAGGAGGAGGAGGAGGAAUAGACGGUGGCGCGGUGCCUACUGCACCACCGACCACCGGCCGUCACCACCACCAUCAUCACCACCACCAUCACCAUCAUCAUCACCUCGUUACUACGACUACAACGACCACCACGACAACUACCACUACCACCGGCGGCACCAGGCACCAUAGGCACAAACUGCCUGUCAGCAAACAGUGUACCGAUCACCGACACCACCCGCAUCAUCACCGGCAUCACCCACACCAUCGCUCCUACCAUCGGGGCAUGAACAUGGGCCAAAAAUUUUCAGGCGGCGUGAAGAGCGUGACGCGCGAAAGCGGGGCUGGAACGGGUGCUGGAGUCGGCAUCGUCGGUAGCGGCACCGUGGCGUACAAACCUGUGGUACCCAGGGAGUUGGCGCAAGAUUUCUCGAGGCCGCCGCGUCUCGAUGUCCUACUCGACAUGCCGCCCGCCUCGCGGGAGACGCAGGUCCAUCACAGCUGGAACGCUGACGAUCGUAGUCUCAACAUAUUUGUCAAGGACGAUGACAAAUUGACGUUUCACCGACAUCCCGUGGCGCAAAGUACAGACUGUAUUAGAGGGAAGGUAGGGUACACGAAGGGUAUGCACGUGUGGGAGCUGUACUGGAGCACGAGGCAACGAGGCACGCACGCCGUAGUGGGCGUUGCGACGGCGGACGCACCCCUCCACAGUGUCGGAUACCAGAGCCUGGUUGGCAACAACGAGCUCAGCUGGGGCUGGGACCUCGGCAGGAACAAGCUUCUUCAUGAUUCGAAAAACACCAGCGGUGUCACGUAUCCUGCCCUCCUCAAGCCCGACGAAACCUUUAUCGUUCCCGACAAAUUCCUCGUGGUUUUGGACAUGGACGAAGGCACGUUAGCGUUCGUCGUGGAUGGUCAGUACCUUGGAAUCGCUUUCAGAGGCCUUAAAGGUAGAAAGCUGCAUCCUAUCGUGUCCGCUGUCUGGGGACACUGCGAGAUCACGAUGAGAUACAUCGGUGGACUUGAUCCGGAACCCCUACCUCUGAUGGAUCUCUGUCGAAGAGUAAUCCGGCAACGAAUCGGUAAACACAGAUUGGAAGAGAAAAUUCAAGACCUGAACCUGCCACAGGCGAUAAAGACUUAUCUCUUGUACCGUGACAGGAGGUAACCACGUGGUACCUCUGAAAAAGCUACCACGAUUACGACUGUGAACACCACUACGCUAUUAUAUCGAUGCCACCACGACGCACAGGGGAACGCCCGCUACCCCGUCGCAUGCCACCGAGCACAACAGCCCAUAAGCCGCUUACACGAUCUAUGGUGUCUGAAUCCGUAUCAGGAUAGAACGAGACGAGCACGAUCGUCGUCUUCGUCUUCGUCAUCAUCGUCAUCGUUGACUUGGGCUACCACUUGCUGCUCGUUGCUGUUGCCAUCGUCGUUGUUAACUUGAUCGUUAUUAUUGUCGUUAUGUCGUUCUUGGAUACUAUAGGUAACGCAACCAUUACGCGAAAUACACACACACACACACACACACACUGACACCCGCGCACGAGUCGCAUCGGGGACUAGGAAAUAUUAUUUAGGUGAUAUUGUUGUUUUGUGUUAUAUCGACACGAUAAAAAUCGUGAUGAAGUUUUUAUUAAUUGUUAUAAUAACCGGCGGACGAUGCGGUAUUUUCUUACACAUAUAUAUAUAUAUAUAUGUAUGUAUGUAUGUACAUAUAUAUAUAUAUAUAUAUAUAUAUAUAUAUAUAUUUUUUUU